AUGUCUAUAUCUAAUUAUAAUAUGACAAGAAGCGAAACUGAAGAGAUUUAUGAAGAACUUGAAGCGCGUUUGAUAGCUGAAGAGAAGGCUCAGCGUGCUCAUGUACAUAAAAAAUAUUUAUUAAAAAAGUCUAGAGAAACUUUCCAACAAUACAUCACAAAACUUUCUAAGAAUAGAACAACUCUACGCUAA